AGCUGGUCAGAUUGUGGGAAAGCAAAUCUGAAAACUUGGCUUGCGACCUGUUUCGCUACUCGACCCAUUGGGAAAAGGACAUUUGCUAAUCAACAUGUCUGCUAUAGUGACGAGCGCGAUCAAUCCGUCACCCAAGAUGCACCGUCCGAGAAAUCACCCAUCUCUGAGCUGUCCAUCGCUCCAACAUACCAGGGCAUGGAAUCAACCACACGAGAUGGCAAGUAUUCAGCGUUUAUGAAGCCACGCUUUGCCAGAGCGCCAAUCAAGGAAGCUGGCCGUGUAGCAUAUCUCGGAGAAUCGUCGAAUCUGUCAUUAUUAGUGCACGAUAGAUACGGAGCAUCAGACGUAGUACAUUACCCACUUCCUGAGAAUGUUCGUGGCGCCAAAGGUAAGGUCAAUGACCUCGACAACAUGGAGAUUGAGAUUCUCCAUCAAAGAGGUGCCUUUCUCUUACCACCUCGAGCACUGUGUGACGAGUUGGUCGAAGCAUUCUUCAAAUGGGUUGCGCCAGCUGUUCCAGUAAUCAAUCGCAAUCGUUUCAUGCGCCAGUAUCGGGAUCCGAAGAACCCUCCUUCUCUACUACUACUUCAAGCUGUGCUCCUGGCUGGCUCCAGAGUAUGUAGUAAUCCCCAGCUGAUGGACUCAAGUGGGUCGACAACACCUGCGGCGAUGACGUUUUACAAACGUGCUAAAGCACUGUAUGAUGCGAACUACGAGGAUGACAGGGUCACCAUUGUGCAAUCUGCUAUUCUAAUGGGUUGGUACUGGGAAGGUCCCGAAGACGUGACCAAGAACGUCUUCUAUUGGACCAGAGUCGCUAUAGUGGUGGCGCAAGGGUCGGGAAUGCAUCGCAGUGUCGAGACGUCCCAGCUCAGUCGAUCUGACAAGCGUCUGUGGAAGCGCAUUUGGUGGUGCCUGUUCUCCAGGGAUCGUUCUGUUGCCGUUGCUUUAGGGCGACCCAUCGCCAUCAACCCCGAAGACUCGGACGUCGAGAUGAUUUCAGAAGACGACUUCAUCGAGGAUGAAGCUGAUCGACCCACCGAAUAUCCUCUUGAUUCGGUUCAUGUGCACUUCUUCAUCAAUUACGUCAAGCUGUGCGAAAUCAUGGGCUUAGUCCUGUCGCAGCAGUACUCGGUGGCCGCCAAAUUCCGGAGGACCGACGCAAUCGAUCUGACGCACAGCGACAUGGCUUUGGCUGACUGGCUACAACAUUGCCAUCAUGACGUGCAGUGGGACAAGUCUCGACACCACUUCUGGUCUGCCUUGCUGAAUGCAAACUACUACACUACGCUCUGCUUACUACAUCGAGCACAUAUGCCGCCUUCAGGGUCUCCCAAGGCGCAGAAUGGCCAUGUACAGGUGGAAGAGACAGCAUACCCCUCUCGAACCAUUGCAUAUCAUGCAGCUGGCAUGAUUACGUCGAUCAUAGAGCAGCUAAUGGCGCAGGACGAGCUCCGUUACGCCCCUGCGUUCAUCGUCUACAGCCUGUUCUCGGCUUUGAUCAUGCAUGUCUAUCAAAUGAGAUCGUCGAACAAGGCCAUCGUAACUGCUACGGAGCAGCGCAUGCACACAUGCAUGCAGGCGCUCAAGGAAGUCUCUAAAGUGUGGCUGGUGGCCAAGAUGGUGCACACCCUCUUUGAAUCAAUCCUCGGGAACAAACAUCUGGAGGAGCGGCUGCAGAAAGCUGCAGGGAAGCGUCAUCAGAAGAACAAACACUCAGCCGCGGCAGCCGCAGCCAGAAUGCAACAGACCCAGCAAAUGCAGCAGCAGCAGCAGCAGCAGCAGAAACCGAAAGAUGAAGCCCUCAAAAGGAAGUUUGACGACAUGGAGCUCGGCUAUGGACUCGGACCAGCUCCCCCAGUGUCAUACGAACGAUCGCGCCCCCAGACACCAGCGAUGACUCCCUCUCGCGAACUUCCUCCGCAGCAAUCCCAGCCUGGUCAACAAAUGCCUUCGAUGAGUGCUACGUCUCCGCAUAUUUCUCGCCAAAACAACGAUGCAUUCAUGGGUAAAGCCGAUACCCGCCCGACCACUCCUUUCAAUCCGUCUUACUCUUAUCCAGGCACACCUCCAGAACUGUUCCUUGUAACCCGCAACUCACCAAACAUUUCUCAAGAAAUAUGGCAAAACUUCCAGCCUGACCAGCUAUUCCCAUCCGAUACCAAUGUCACAUUCCCGCAGAUAUCGCCUAUUCAACAGCAUGGCAUGGUCGAUCCUGCACUAACACGCCAAACGCCACAGCAGCAGCCAAUGAUGCAUAACUUGCAGACUCAGGGUCAGCCCCAACAACAAGCACGCAUGCAAAGCCCACCGCAAGGGUCUAUACACGUCAACGGUGGUGUUCCUACAUAUAACCAUGGUGGCCAACAAGAGUGGCCAAUGCAAAUGGAGGGUCUCCAGCAGCAGCAGCAACAACAACAACAACAACAACAACAGCAACAUCAACCGCCACAUGCGGAUCAAGAUACGUGGAGUAACAGCAGUAGCAACGCCGGACCAUUUGUGCCAACUGCCCUGAAUGUGGAAGACUGGUUCAACUUUUUCGGGAUUCAAGGAGACGCCAGCCAUUUGCAUAACUUUAGCUAAUUGAGGCGUAAGUCUCUGGUCUUCCGGUCACUCUUUGUUCGUCACGGUCGUGUAUUGUUUAGCGUUGUACAUGGGGAACAGGCGAUAUUUGCCUAAUAAGGGGCGAGAAUGUGUGGUACGCCAUGACAUGAACAUAUUUUUGGCGACGUACACAACUGCACUUAUUAGUGCCAUCAAAAUGUAUAAUUACCAAAAACGGCGACAGACAUAAUGAUAUUUAUGUAAUUCACACAUAAGCCAGGC